AGGAAAGAGUUUCAAUGAGCACGCGUUGGCUGCAGAGAGUGAACUUUAAAUUGCGAGUUUGCUGAGUUAUUUAGCGUUGGUCGACUUUUGCGAAGUUCUGUGAACAUGUCCGUGGGGGAGAACAUGUUUACAGUGCAGCAGGCGGCUGCUUUAUUGCUCGAACUAGCCGAGGAAGAGGAGUUGUCCAUGUUGUCCUCUUCAUCAAGCGACUUCUCUGGGAACUCUGAAGCUGAGGAGGAUUUUCUCAAAGGAAGGGACUCUGAUAUUGAUCUAGAGUCAGAGAAGUCUGACCCAGAUUGGCAGCCGGAGGCAAAGAAGCCCAGGAGGACCCCAAGGUCUCUUGUUGAGGAGGAGGAGGAGGAAGAGGAAGAGGAGGAGGAAGAAGAAGAAGAAGAAGAAGAAGAAGAAGAGGAGCUGGAAUCCCAACCUUCUACCUCCACACCGCCUGCAAAACAGGGGAAGAGGAGAGCAGGAGGAAGAAGCCUUGCAGAGCAGAGUUCUGCACCCGAAGGUGCGUGGCAAGGCACUGAUGUGGAUGACAUCACUCCUGAACAGCCGUCCUUCCGCCCAGCACGCACACCCGGUGUCCAGCUCGUGGGUACUUCACAAUACACAGUGUUACAAUUAUUUCAGUUAUUUAUGUCGAAUAAAAUACUCCAGACCGUUUUGAAUAAUUCAAACAAGUUUGGAGAAGCUGACCAUCCAGAAACCUUUCAGAGGAUCACUAUGCCAGACAUGAUGUCGUACUUGGCCAUGAUUAUUUACAUGGGAAUAAUCGAUACGCCGAACAUCACCGACUAUUGGAGGAGGUCUGAGCUGUACACCUUUUCUUUCCCAUCGAGUGUGAUGUCAGGGCGCAGGUUCAAAGCCAUCUCGCGCGCCAUCCACAUCAGUGACCCCGACGACGACGCUGCCAACGACCUAAAGAGAGGCACCGCCGGCUACGACAGGCUUUGCAAAAUUAAGCCAAUGUACAAUGAGGUUAGGCAGGUGUGCAUGGCAAAUUACCACCCCCGCCAGUGUAUCGCCAUUGACGAGAGAAUGGUCGCAUCCAAAGCCCGCAAUGGACUCCGCCAGUACAUGAAAAAUAAGCCUGUGAAGUGGGGUUAUAAGCUGUUUGUGCUGGCGGACUCCACCAACGGUUACACCUGGGACUUCUUUGUGUACGAAGGAAAAGGGUCACCGAUUGUGAAGGGGCUCGCUUACGACAUCGUAAUGCGGCUCGUGAAUACACCGGUGUUGGGUACCGGGUAUAAGUUAUUUGUGGAUAACUUUUACACCAACCCAGGUCUCUUUCGCGACCUGCUGGCAAAGAAGAUCUGGGCCUGUGGUACCAUUCGCCAACAUCAAAUUGGGUUCCCCAAAGACAGGCCAGGCGGGCUUGAGAGGCGGGCUCCCCGGGGCACCAUCCGCUGGAUCCGCAAGGGGCCCGUGGUGUUCGUUCAGUGGAGGGACACCAGAGAUGUGCUGAUGUGCUCCACAAUCCACGCAGCCCACGGAGAGGACACAACCCAGAGAAGGGUCAAGGGGGCAGAUGGGCAGUGGUCUGUGCAGGACGUCCCAAUCCCACCAGCCAUCAAGGACUACAACAAGAACAUGGGUGGCGUGGAACUGUCCGAUGCCCUGAUUGGCUACUACACCAUCCUACACAAGACCAAGAAGUGGUACCGGUCUUUCCUGUUCCACUUCAUAGACAUCGCCAUCGUCAACGCCUUCAUCCUGUAUAAGGAGAUGGCCAUUGCAAGGAAGGAGAAGGUGAUGUCACAGAAGGCCUUUCGCGAGACCCUGGUGACGGAGCUGAAAGCGGUUGGGUCUACCACCACUGCCCCUCCACAGGCACCCCCUCCCGCUCCCCCUGGCGCCUCGCACAAACCUGUACAUUUUUCCCAGGAUGGCAGCGCAGGUCGGAGGAGGUGUGUCCACUGCCACCAGAGGACCACGGUGAAAUGCUCCUCCUGUGAUAAGUGUCUGUGUUUCACCAUAAACAGGGACUGUUACAAUGCAUGGCACAACCUGAAAAAGUUAUGACUCAUUUCUACAUAUUUACGUAAAUAGUUUUUUCAAGUUUUUCAUGUAAAUAGUUUUUGUGUCAUUCAUCCGUGUGUUUCCAUCAUUUGGACCAUCAGCUGUUGGGUUUCUCAACAAACUAUAGGCCAUCUGCCAUCCCUGCCCAUGUCAUAGCACAUACUCUUUCAUUUUUUAACGAUUUAGCAUUAAGCUUUGUAUCAGCAGAAACACAAGUAUUUUCGAAUGAUUGUGCUUCCCUCCCUCAUGUCCCCCUGAGACGAGAGAUCUCUGUAAUGUGGAUCUGGAAAAAAUCUUCCAAUGACGCAAAAAAAUCGUUUUCCGUCAUCGGAAGAUAUUUUUGCCCAGAGUUUGUGGACUACAGCCAGCUAGUUGUCCGCAUGUUUUCAACCCACCCAUAGAGGGUGGGACUGUCUUUACACGAAGCUUGCCGAAGUAAACCGAACGUCAGCCAUCUUGAAGCUUCGUUAAACAGCCUCUGUCUUUUCAGUAGCAAACUUUUACAACAAUUAUGUGCAUUCGAACUACCGCACAUGUAUACCACCGGGAUACAUUGGUACCAAUCGGAGAAUAUACUACUACUAAUAUUCAACACACUACAUGAGCUUCGCCCGCUA